AUGACAUCACCCAGCAACUACUCUACCACUCCCGUUUCUGAAUUCCUCCUCAUCUGCUUCCCUAACUACCAGACUUGGCAGCACUGGCUGUCCCUGCCCCUCAGCCUCCUCUUCCUCCUGGCCAUGGGGGCCAACGCCAUGCUACUCAUCACCAUCUGGCUGGAGGCCUCUCUUCACGAGCCCAUGUACUACCUGCUCAGCCUGCUCUCCCUGCUGGACAUCGUGCUCUGCCUGACCGUCAUCCCCAAGGUCCUGGCCAUCUUCUGGUUUGACCUCAGGUCCAUCAGCUUUUCUGCCUGCUUCCUCCAGAUGUUCAUCAUGAACAGCUUCCUCCCCAUGGAGUCCUGCACAUUCAUGGUCAUGGCUUAUGAUCGCUACGUGGCCAUCUGCCACCCACUACGUUAUCCAUCCAUUAUCACUAAUCAAUUUGUCGCCAAAGCUAGUGCUUUCACUGUGGCUCGGAAUGCUUUGCUGCUUUCACCUGUCCCCAUUCUCUCUUCCCGACUCCAUUACUGUGGGAAAAAUGUCAUUGAGAACUGCAUCUGUGCCAACUUGUCUGUGUCCAGGCUCUCCUGUGACAAAACCACAGUGAACCGAGCUUAUGGGUUGGCAGUGGCCCUGCUGGUGGUUGGACUGGAUGUCGUGGCCAUUGGUAUUUCCUAUGCCUUCAUCCUCCAGACAGUGCUGAAAGUACCAGGGGGUGAAGCCCGACUUAAGGCCUUUAGCACAUGUGGGUCUCACAUUUGUGUCAUCCUGAUCUUCUAUGUUCCUGGAAUGUUCUCCUUCCUCACUCACCGCUUUGGGCACCAUGUACCCCAUCAUGUUCAUGUUCUUCUGGCCACACUCUACCUCCUUGUGCCACCUGUGCUCAAUCCUAUUGUCUAUGGGGUGAAGACUCGGCAGAUCCGCCAGCGAGUACUCAGGGUAUUCUUCCCAAAAGGAUGGAUCUGA